GUGGUAUUAACUGCAAAUGAAUUUGAUGCCAUGGCCAUUAAUCAAGGCACUGGAGUACCGGCGGUAUCCUUACCUAACGGAAACGUUCUUCUACCUGUUGAUCUUGUUCCACUAUUCGAACAAUUUAAGCGUAUUACUAUUUGGCUUGGCAAUUCGGUCAAAGAUAAACGUAUGGAAUUGCAAUUUGCCAAUAAAUUGCAAAGAGAACGUUGCUAUUUUUUACCAUCUACCUUAAAAGGUGAAUUUCCGACAGCAUUGGAAGCUUUAAAUCGGGGAGUGGACUUGAAGAAAGUUUUAAAUUCCGCUCAUGUCGUAGCACAUAAUCGAAUUGUGACCUUUACUGAUUUAAGACAAGAUGUAUAUAAUGAAUUCGCUAAUAGGGAACAAAUUAUCGGUGUACCAUGGCAGCGCCAUCCUGAACUAACGAAAAUCCUGAAAGGCCAUAGAAGAGGGGAAAUGACAAUUUUUACUGGGCCUACUGGUUCUGGUAAAACUACUUUUAUCAGCGAGAUUUCAAUAGACCUGUGCAAUCAAGGGGUCAAUACAUUAUUUGGAAGUUUCGAAAUUCGUAAUGUACGGAUUAUGAAGACCAUGAUGCGGCAGUUUUCAGGUAUAAAUUUCGAGGAAAAAAACAAAUUAGGUAAGUUCGAAAAGUACGCUACACAGUUUGAAAAAUUACCGCUGUAUUUCAUGCAUUUCUACGGCUCCCAGGAUAUUAAGCGCGUCAUUCAAACUAUGGAGCACGCCGCUUAUAUCUUCGACAUUGAACAUAUUAUAGUAGAUAACUUACAGUUUUUACUGAAUGUUGAUACCAGAGAUGACUUCGCAUUCAGACAACAAAAUUUAGCCUUAAGUUUGUUCCGAAGAUUUGCCUCGGAAAAAAAUGUGCAUGUAACUCUAGUAGUUCAUCCGCGUAAGGAAAAUGACGACACAGAUUUGCAAAUGGCGUCCAUCGGUGGAUCAGCGAAAGCCAGUCAGGAAGCUGAUAACGUCAUGAUCUUACAAAAUAUUCGAUACAAAGGAAAAUCAAUACAGGUAUUAAAAAAUCGCUUUGACGGUGACUUGGGCUCCUACAAGAUCAUGUUUUCUAAGGAAAAUUUAUGUAUGGGUUCCCGAUCUAAAAACUUCACGGCAAAGGCAUUAGAUGCUGCUAUAGCUAGUGAAGAAAUGUCGACACCGGAUGCGAAAAAAUCAUCGAAAAAGACUACUACAACAGAAACAGGUGAAGAAAAGUCUUUACAGGAUGCAAAAAAACCAACAAGAAAAGUUGUCAAAGGUGUGCAAGUUAAAAAGCUGAAACUAACUGGCAAAAAUUAA